AUGGCUCCCGCCGGGGACCGCGAGGGCUACUGGGGUCCAACGACCUCCACGCUGGACUGGUGCGAGGAGAACUACGCCGUGACCUGGUACAUCGCAGAGUUCUGGAAUACAGUGAGUAACCUGAUUAUGAUUUUACCUCCAAUUUUUGGUGCGAUGCAGAGUGUUAGAAGUGGACUGGAAAAGCGGUACAUUGCUUCCUAUUUAGCACUCACAGUGGUAGGAAUGGGAUCCUGGUGCUUCCACAUGACUCUGAAAUAUGAAAUGCAGCUAUUGGAUGAACUCCCAAUGAUCUACAGCUGUUGUAUAUUUGUAUACUGCAUGUUUGAAUGUUUUAAGACGAAGAACUCUGUAAACUACCAUCUGCUUUUUACCUUAGUUCUCUUCAGUUUAAUAGUAACCAUAGUUUACCUUAAGGUAAAGGAGCCUAUAUUCCAUCAGGUCAUGUAUGGAAUGUUGGUCUUCACUUUAGUGGUUCGAUCUAUUUAUAUUGUUACAUGGGUUUAUCCAUGGCUGAGAGGGCUGGGUUACACGUCCUUGGGUGUAUUUUUAUUAGGAUUUUUAUUAUGGAACAUAGAUAACAUCUUUUGUGAUUCACUGAGGAACUUUCGAAAGAAGCUACCACCUGUCAUAGGUGUUACCACACAGUUUCAUGCAUGGUGGCAUAUUUUAACUGGCCUUGGUUCUUAUCUUCACAUCCUUUUCAGUUUAUAUACAAGAACACUUUAUUUGAGAUACAGGCCAAAGGUGAAGUUUCUCUUCGGAAUCUGGCCAGUGAUCCUGUUUGAGCCUCUCAGGAAGCAGUGA